GGAAGGAAGGAUCUGGGGAACAACACCAGUGGGGAGUUUAGGAAAGUGCCUGAUUUGGGUAGUCGAAAGCACCGUGCGACUGUCUUUAUAUUUGAUCGCGUCUAAGAGUCCACAGGCCCUAAGUUAACAGCCGUCUCUCCAGCACGAGAGUGUUGGUGGCCACGGCCUCUGGCGGGCUGUCUCGGAUCAGGCUCUCGUGUGGACGCCCUCGGCGAGGGGUCCUCAGGGCAGCCGGGACCGCCGAGAGCAGGGGGCGAUGGCGGCUGAGGCGGGCGGAGUGUUUGGUCCGGCGUUCGGCCUGCGGAUGCUGUUGGCCACCGCGCUGCAGGCGAUCUCUACUUUGGGGGCAGAAUUUUCAUCGGAGGCAUGCAGAGAAUUAGGCUUCUCUAGCAACUUGCUCUGCAGCUCCUGUGAUCUUCUUGGGCAGUUCAACCUACUGCAGCUGGAUCCUGAUUGCAGAGGAUGCUGCCAAGAAGAAGCACAAUUUGAAACUAAAAAGCUAUAUGCAGGAGCCAUUCUUGAAGUCUGUGGAUGAAAAUUGGGGAGGUUCCCUCAAGUCCAAGCUUUUGUCAGGAGUGAUAAGCCCAAACUGUUCAGAGGACUACAAAUCAAGUAUGUCCGUGGGUCAGACCCUGUGCUAAAGCUUUUGGAUGACAACGGGAACAUUGCUGAAGAACUCAGCAUCCUCAAGUGGAACACAGACAGCGUGGAAGAAUUCCUGAGUGAAAAGUUGGAGCGCAUAUAAAUGUUACUUGAUUUUUCUCCAUUGUUAUCAAAUGAAACACUCCAGCACCUAGAAAAUAUGUUGCACUUCCUUCCCUGGUUCAGGCUAUUUUCUGCAGGGCAUUAAACAUCUAGGUAGAAGUUGAAGUGGCAUAUCUGUGGAGUUAGCAAGCUCUCCAGAACCCUUUUUUCUUUUUUUAUAGAUUUCUGUCCUCCUGCAUUUGUUGAUACCACUAAUGAAAUGCUUUGUAACAGGCUUGUGGUUAAUUAUGCAAAUGAGAGUUUGUGAUAAUUGGUCCAGUUUUGUGAACAGCGGAUUUUUAAAUUGGGGAGAUUAUUAAGGAAGAUGAUUAUUGUGCCUCAUGGCUGUGUGUUCUUUUGAAAAGUAAUGACAGAAAACCACAGAGCAAAUAAGACAUACCAAGCCUCGACAUUUUGCCUGCUUCUCCAAGCUGCUCAUAUUUUUUUUAAUAAUGCCUAGAUUUCCUUUUCUUAGAAAUGUUGUUUGUAUUGUAUAAUGUAUGUAUUGCAUUAAAAACAUUGUAGCUUCGUUAUUAUGAAACAGAUUGGAGAUUCAACAGUAAGGGUGAAGCAUUCACAAAAAUUUGCGUCAGUGAAGACCACACAGAAAACCUUUCUGAGGAUUUGUGUGAAUCUGAUAUUUGGCAGAUUUUUGUGUUUUUACAUUCCUUACAGAAAAAUACAUUUAAAAAAUCGUUUGUAAGACCAAAACAUAAAUAAAAACUUUGAAAAAU